AUGGCGAAUGAUGUAGAUGAUAAUAAUUUGCCAGUUAUGGAAAAGAACUCGUCGAAUUUAAACGGACUUUUGGAAUUGGACUCGGUUCAAAGCACAGGUUUCAGUGAAACUGACCGAUAUGACACACCAAUAGAUUUCUCGGCGGCCUCUUUGCAUGAGGAAGGUCUUUGGUCGGACGAGGAGUCAGACUACGCUGAUAGCGACAAUGAUCUGUUGACGCUGAAUGGUCCUUCUUUUCAGCAGGAUGUCUUUGGGAAUAUAGAGGAAGACUUUGAGCAGGAUCUCAAAGCAGUUGCCGGCUUCAGAUCAUCUCAAAGAAAAGGACGGGGCCGGCGAAGUCGAGUGGAUAUGCCUCCGUCGCUGGAAGUUCAGAGUUUACUCAGUCGUGCCAACCAUGCUUUCGCUCAAGAAGGUAAUUUUGAAGAAGCCCAGAGACUCGCAGAGGAGAUUGUCCGUAUUGACAAUAACAUGAUUGCUGCAUGGAAGAUGCUUGGAGAGUGUCACCGGCAAAAGGGAAACGAGAGGGUUAAUAUUGAAAAAUGCUUAAUUGCCUGGAUGGCGGCAGCUCAUUUAAAGCCACGGGACCAUGAGCUUUGGGCUACCUGCGCAAGACUCAGUGAAAGCUUAGGUUUUUGGGAACAGGCAGAUUAUUGUUACAACCAUGCUAUACAAGCGAAACCGUCCGAGGUCGACAAACUCAUUGAAUACAUAUGGGAUAGAGCCAUCUUAAAUCAAGAACAUGAACGCUACAAAAAAGCAAUUGAAGGAUUUCAAAAUUUACUAAACUAUUUGCCGCACGAUUCUUCUGUGUUGCACCAUCUCGCGGAAAUUUACAUUGAACUAAAAGAACCAAGAGAAGCUAUCAAACUCUACGAAGCUGCUUGGAAUCACUUCUACCGUUACCCAAGUCCACCGGUGGGACAGGGCGUGUUUGAUUGGUCCUCAUUGAAUGCGUAUGCCGGGUUAUUGUAUAGUGAUGAACAGUGGCAUGAAUUGAUUGUCCUCAUCAAACGCGGUGCCCGUUGGCUCCGUGGACGAAAAACGGAAACGCAUUGGGAUGAAAUUGAUGAUGAUCGAGAGUGGGACCUUGACGAAAAACGACGGAAAUUCCCCAGCUCUAAUUUGUAUGAGCAACCCGAAAACGCAUUCGUGUUACCUUUUAAUCUUCGUGCCAAAUUAGGAAUUGCACGCUUGAAGAUCGGUGACUUGGCAGAGGCAACACUGCACUUUGAUAUUUUAAAAUCGCUGCCCAUCACCGAAACUGUAUUCAUUCUUUUUGAAAUCGCUGAAGCCGCUAUCAGCGUUGAUUUGUACGAUCUUGCGUUAAGUUAUUAUCUCAUUCUCAACAAGUUUGAACCCGCUUGCAACGAGCGCCUGUAUUACUCAAUGGGUAUUUGUUACAAAGAACUUAAGGAAUACACAAGUGCGGAAGAGUGUUUAUUGGUAACACUCAUGCUCAAUAAUCGAAACAUUGAUGCUAUGGUGCGUCUCGCAGAAAUAUAUGAGCUGCUCGAAGACCGAGAUGCUGCACUCGAAAUUGUAACAGAAAUUAUUGCGUUGCGGAAUGCAAUGGCUCCCAGCAUUUCAUCUAGCGACAGCAGCUCCCGGCAGGUGUCUGAGAACGCUUCUCAGUCUUCGUCGCUCAUUACAAACCAAAGCGCGCCUGAGAAUUCCGCAUGGCGUAAACGUUUGGAGAUGACGCGCUCUAUGGAGAAAACAAAACAAAUUCAAAGGUGGAGAGCCGAACAGGCGUCGUUUCGGUUUCGUAAGCUUGAAAUGCUUGAUGACGGUCGGAUUCAAAAUGAUCAAAAAAGUAUUAAUAACUGGAUUGAAACGGUUUCCGAAUUGGUGGAUGAGUUUAUAAAUACAAGAGUCUUUUACCCACCCGACAAAAAGAUUAAGUUCCGUGCAAACUUUGCCCAACAACAUGUACAGUAUGGAAAUUUGACUGAAAAAUUGGCAGGAAUGGCCACUCGUUUGCAGGAUUCCCUCGCAUGGCCCCAUCUCGAAGAAUUGGAUGCAGAAUCAGUGAAAACAAAAAAAGAGUUUCGUGGCUAUGGAUUGGAUCGUUGGUUCCAAUUGUUUAUGGAAUUCGCCAUCGUUUUAACAAAGUUGAAUCGCAUGAAGCAGGCACAUGAGGUAUUUCGUGCUGCACUGUACGCGAACGUUUUCGACGAAGACCCGAUGAAACGAGUCGCCAUGCAUUGGUAUAUGCUGGCUUGUGCUAUAUACGCCAAGGACAUUAGUAUGGUAUCGUCCGUUCUGCGAUGGGUAUUCAAUACGUUCCAGUUUCGACAAGACUCAUACCGGCUAUGGUCUGCCGUACUUUGCUCUGGUCAUUAUUAUGCUCGUUACUUUGUUGACAGCGCUAAUCAAAAAUUUCUUCUUCGUCUGAUAAAGUUAAUGGACCAGCUUGUCGGCGAACAGGAUGUCCAGGGAGCUGCCACCCUGGCUAAAAAUGAAGACGGAUUUGCUACACGGCCCGUUUCUUACGAUCCUCUUCUACUUCUAUUGUACGGUCAUAUUAUGGCAGGUGGCCGAAGCUGGAUUCCAGCUCUAAAUUACUACAGUCGAGCAUAUGCUGCCUCACCAGAAGAUCCAAUGAUCAACUUGUCACUCGGUCUGGCAUACAUUCAUCGCGCUAUGCAACGGCAAACAGACAACCGACACUAUCAAAUUGUACAGGGCUUUACUUUUCUGUACCGCUAUUAUGACAUUCGAAGUUUGGAAGGUCCCGGACAAAAACAAGAAGCUCUCUACAAUCUGGCGCGUGCAUACCACCAACUAGGCUUGGAGCAUUUGGCUGUGAAUUACUAUGAAGACGCUCUACGGCUUUCGUCUAUGCAUCCUCAGCAUGCGAACAUGGAAAAAACGAACAACGAACAAACAAUCUCCCUAACCUACGAUCUCGCAUUCGAGUGCGCUUAUAAUUUACGACUUAUCUAUGUCAACAGCGGAAAUUUACGACGCGCGGUAACACUCACGAAACGUUAUUUAGUCUUUUAA